CUCUCGUGACCACGUCCACACGCUGUAGACAACCCCACCAGAGGACAGUAAGCCCAAACUAUGAAGCUUUAGUCAACACCAGCUGAGCAUUUGUCACAGCUGUCCGAUGCUUUUAGGGUUUUGCUCGGUGUUUUCAGCUCAGCUCUGACUGUAGAGGACUCGCUUGGUAAACAAAGGCUGCCCGGUGCGUUCAAGUGUUCAUGCGGAGGCGAGAAAAAGUUUUCUGCCACGUUUUAAAAGCGUCACGGAGCAGCGAUUUUGUUUUCGUCACUUGCAGUCAGGACGGCGGGAGUUUUGUAGAACGUUAGUUUCUUGAUCUUUUCUUUUUCCGGGGCAGUUUGCAGAUAGAAGAAUGCUGCCCCAGCUCCUAACCCUGGCCUGUGGUCUCUGCUGCUUUGGUUUUACCUCCGUCACUGCGAAUGUACUGAAAGCAGAGGCUUGGCUGCAGCAGUAUGGCUACCUGCCUCCAGGUGACGUCAGAGCCCAGGCCAUCCGCUCACCAAAGUCCAUCGAAUCAGCAAUAUCAGCCAUGCAGAGGUUUUACGGUUUGACUGUCACCGGCUCCAUCGACUCCAACACGAUAGAGGCGAUGAGCCGGCCGAGGUGUGGCGUCCCAGAUAAGUUCGGCCCGGAGCUGAAAACCAACCUGAGGAGGAAGAGAUACGCUGUGCAGGGUCUGAAGUGGGACAAGUCUGAGGUCACCUUCAGCAUACAGAACUACACCCCAAAGAUUGGAGAGCGAGCCACGUAUGACGCCAUCCGAAAAGCCUUUCAAGUGUGGGAGAGUGUGAUCCCGCUCACCUUCAGAGAGAUCCCCUACAGCCAGAUCAGAGGCAAGACCGACAAGUUCGCGGACAUCAUGCUCUCGUUCGCGGAUGGUUUCCACGGCGACAGCACACCGUUUGACGGCGAGGGCGGCUUCCUGGCUCACGCUUACUUCCCUGGACACGGCAUCGGAGGAGACACUCACUUUGACCUCGCUGAGCCCUGGACCACCGGGAACACCGACCAGGGGGGUAAUGAUGUCUUCCUGGUGGCUGUGCACGAGCUGGGUCAUGCUCUGGGUCUGGAGCACUCCAACGACCCCUCCGCCAUCAUGGCCCCCUUCUACCAGUGGUUUGAAACAGAAAACUUCCAGCUCCCAGACGACGACCGCAGAGGCAUCCAGGCAAUCUAUGGAUCCAAGUCUGGGGCUCCUCCUCCUCCCCCUCCUCGCCCUCGACCCACAAAGCCAUCGUACCCUGACAUUGGCCCAGACAUCUGUGAAGGACACUUUGACACCAUCGCUGUCCUCAGAGGGGAGAAGUUUGUAUUUAAGGACAAGUGGUUCUGGCGUGUGCGUAACAACAAGGUGUUGCAAGGUUACCCAAUGACAAUCAGUCACUUCUGGAAAGGCCUGCCCUCAAACAUCAAUGCCGCCUAUGAGAGGGAUGAUGGGAAAUUCAUCUUCUUCAAGGGUGAUAGAUACUGGGUUUUCAGUGAGUCUACCAUGGACAAGGACUCCCCCAAGAGCCUGAAAGAUCUUGGCACCGGUCUACCCAAAGACAAGAUCGAUGCUGCUCUCUUCUACACACCGACAGGACAGACGUACUUCUUCAGAGGCACUAAGUACUACCGUUUCAACGAGCAGACUCGCACCGUGGACAAUGGCUAUCCAAAGCCCAUCAGCAUGUGGAGUGGUGCACCAGACAACAUCAAAGCUACCAUCAUGAGUGAAGAUGGAUCUUACACUUACUUCUACAAAGCCAACAAGUACUGGAAGUUCAACAACCAGUACAUGAAGGUGGAGUCCGGCUACCCCAAGUCUGUGCUCAGUGACUGGAUGGGCUGUGAAAGCGAUGAGCCCAAGAAGGGUCGGGAAGAAGAGGUGAUCAUCAUCGAGGUGGACGAAUCACAGAGCGGGGCCGGGCCGGCAGCCGUGGUGAUCCCUCUCCUCCUGCUGGUGCUGGUUGUGGUCACUCUGGGAGCGCUUUUGUUCUUCAGGAAGUAUGGCACGCCUCGACGCCUCCUCUACUGCCAGAGAUCCCUCCUGGACAAGGUGUAGAGGCAGAGCGACGGCGUGAUUGACAGACUGCCACAGAGGGACAGAAAGAGAGGAGGAGAGAACGAGGGCCGGGAGAAGAUGGAAACCGAGCGGAGGAAGAUGUGGAAGUGGAGGAGAGAGCAACUGGAGAAAAGACAGAAGAUACGGGGGGUAGGAGGGGGACGAUGCAUUAAAUGUUGGGUGGUUUGUAUGUGCCACGAAAAAGAGAAAAAAGGCCCUAGAAACUGAAAUCAGGAAAAUGUGUAUUUGUAUGUUAACUAUUUACAUGUACUGUUCUGUGUUCAGAGAUUUACAACAUACCCAAAGUCUCCCAUAGAGAAGGGAAAAUUACAAAGAGACUCAUCAACGACUUCCCUCCCGCCUCUCCUCUCUCACAUCCCAGGUAUAAGAAACAAACAUCCCUCCUUCCUUCCUCUCCUUUAACUGGACGACUCCAGCUGAACUGCUGUCUGAUUCAUUCAUAAGUUUGACAUCUGUGUUUCACUUUGGCUUUUACUCAGAAAUUCAUCAUCUCUGUUGAGAGCUUUGGGGUUUUUGGGGGAGUUUUACUUUGAAAUUCAUGACAUUUUGCUCUUGAAUCCUUUGUUUUGGCAAAGUUUUGAUUUUCGGCUGUGCAGUAUUUCCUGUAUUUGUUGGAUUUUUUUCUCCACCACUAAGAAGGGCUGGGUAUCGAACCUUUUACAUCAUUAGUUCAAGUUCCUUUAUUCUAAUCAUGUACAGAAAAAUUACAGUGAAGCAGACGGUUGCACUAAAAAUCUUCCCAACUGGCCAGUUGGUUGAAUUUAGGUUGUGACAUUGGGCGACCAAUAUUCCAUGUCAGAACAACAUCUAAUGCCAGUGUCAAUUUGACGUAGAAUACUGAUGACAGAUGAAAAGUUGUUGUAAAGUGACCAAAAUCCAAUGUCUUCUAAACAUCUUCUUGACGACAUUUAUGAAAUCAUCAACCUAAUUUUCAAUGCAACCAAAAUUUAACGACGUAACUGACGUAAGAGUCCAACGUCUUUCUGGCAUCAUAUUGACGUCCAGUACAGUGUCAAUGUGACGUUGAGUACUGACAAUAGAUGAAAAGUUGUGUUAAGUAACCGAAAUCCAAUGUCUUCUAAACGUCUUGUGCCAUCAUCUUGACAAAGAAUUAUGACAUUUAAUCAUAUGGUAUGGAGAACAUGACCCAUCGUCAUUAGACAUUUAAGAAAUCAUCAAUCUAAUUUUCAAUGCUACCAAAAUUUAACAACGUAACUGAUGUAAGAGUCCAGCGUCUUUCUAAAGUCAUAUUGACAUCCAGUGACAGCCAGGUUAGGUCUCAGGCACCCUUUAAAAAUGUAAAGGCAAAAUCUAAAUCUAAGACAUACUGCCUGAAAUGUGUCUAUUGCACAUAGUAUCAAAAACUGUCAAGUUGGUACUGAACGUCUGACCUCAUAUACGUGAUAAUUUUUCGUAAGAUUCAUUUCCUUUUUCUAUAAUCAAGUAGUUCCAGAUUUAAGACAAAAUUUUGCCAAAUUUUUUACUAUUUUGUAAAGGCAAAGUUCUUGUACUGUUGCUGUCGAUGUUUGAGAACUUUGGCGUCUCGUUAGUGGAAAAAAAUGUCAUAUUACUCAAAGUAAGGUUCAGAAAAAAACAUCAUAUCCUUACUAGUUAAGAACAUUUUUAAUGAUACCUAGCCCUACUACGCAGCCCAGUCGCCAUAAUAAAAUGUUGGCAUUGUACAUUUCUACAAACCAUGGAUUGUACAUCUCACAUGAAUCACAUCCCCAAAGUGACAUAGUUAUUAUUACAUGAAUAUGAGCUGACUUUCUCAUCAGGAGGUGGAGGGGAUGGUGGAUGGCGUGUCACCAAGGCGAGACGGCUGCCAAGCUGUAGACCACUUUUGGAGACCAGUAGAACAAAAGCAGUUGUUUUUUGGGUGUUUUAAGACAUCUGGGCAUUUCCAGCUGUAAUUGUGCCCCCAACACUGGCUAUUUUAAGCCAAAACAUGAUCUUUGGUUUUUGUGCCUCAACAUAACGGCAUGUUAACCACAGGUUCGAUGUUUGGACAUAAUGUACGAAUGUCACAUAUCUGUGGUUUGCAGAAACGUACAAUGCACUACAACGAGGAUUCUCUUCCAUCUGCUUAACGCUAAAGACGACCAUUUUUAGUUUUAGUUACGAUCACCUGGAGCUGAGUACAGCACGUCCCUAAUGCACAGUGUUAGUAUUGAUUUAUGCAGACACAGAUGGGGUUUAUGAUUAGUAUUUGUUUAUCCAGGAUUAAGUCCACAAAAGUCAGACUUUAAUGAGGCUGCUGGGGGGAUUUUCUUUUGAUGGUUGAGCUGUAGUCUUGACAAGGCAACUAAAAGCAAAGAUGGUACAAAAAUCCUUUUUAAUGUUUUAACUUCAACUUGAUUCACAGGCAAAACUCUUCUCUCAGUGCAAGCAGUCAGACGGGAAAAAUACUUCUUAAAACAUGACUCACGGAUGACAGUUUUCAAACAUUCCAGUACAUUUUUUGUCGAAUAGGAGCAGAGCUGCUUGUCCAAACGUAAGCGGCACAGUUUCCAGCAAUAUGGUGCAAUUUAAUUAUUAUCGUUUUUAUGGGAAAUUGUUGUUAUUAUAAGUAUGGUUAUUGUUAUUAUUGUUCUCCUGGUAAAGUUAUGACUUUUUUUUUUUUUUUGUCUUUUGUACAUUGUCAUUUGGAGUCCUGCUGGACAGAGGCAUAACGUGACAAUGAUGGAAAUGAAUCCCAGUUUACACUCAGCAGCAUGUGACGAAUUAGAUCAGAUCAGGGGAGUUAAUGUGACUUCAGGGAGUUUCAUUUUUUUACUCUGAAAUGCCCGAAAUUACAGAAAUGUUGGCACAGAAUAACAAGCAAUGCUAUUUAUGAACUUUGAUGGUGCUCAUUGAUUUUUUUUUUUAUUUUUUUUACACAAAUCAAAAUUGAAGGUGAAUUCAUUUAAUUAAUAACAAUGAUAAUGGUAAUGAUAUUUAUAAUGAUGAUCAUAUCAAUAAAAUGGAAUGAGA